AUGACUGAAGCUGAAAAUAUAAAGAUCGAAAAACCAGAUUUUGAUGCUUACAAUGAAAAGUUAGGAAAUAUAUCUCAAUCAAUUGAUGAAAUAAAAAAGAAGAUCGAUAAUUUACAAAAAGAAAUUAAAGUAGCUAAUAAGGGGAAGGAGGAAUAUAAUAAAAAGAAAAAAGAUAUCGUAACAAAAAUAGACUCCUUCCAAUCAGAUAUUGACAAAUUAGAAAAUGAAAGAAGAAGUAUAUUGGAUGAUAUCGAAAAAAAACAAAAGCAUAAAAAGGAAUUAAAGGUUAAUGCACAAAAUAUGAAGAAACAAAUUGGAUUCGAAAAUGAAGAAGACAUAGAAAAAAAAAUCAGAGAAAUAGAAAACAAAUUAAUGACAUCUACUAUUUCAAUUAAGGAAGAAAAAUUGUUAAUAAACCAAAUACAAGCAUUAAAUAAAAAUAAACCAUUAUUGUCAUCUUACAGCAAAAUAGAAAAUGAAGCCAGCAAAUAUGACGACGAAACAAUAGUGCCCUUGAAAAGCAAGAUGGACUCCAUUAGAGAAAAAAUAAGCAAACUAAGAAAUGAGAAAAAAAUGGAACGCAACAGAUUAAAAGAAUUACAAAAUAGCUAUCAAGAAAAAAAUAACAAACUUAACGAAUUGAACAACUUGAGAGAUAACUAUUCGAAAAAAAUGAACCAUUAUUUUAUGGAAAGAAGAAGUAUAACAGUAGAGAUGGAAGAAAAGAAACAACAAUAUAGAAGUUUUAAAUUAAAUCAAUUACAAGCAAAACAACAAAAAAUUAAAGAAGAUAGAGAAAGGAAAAAUCUAGAAUUAGAAAAACAGUCUUUAGAAAAGAAACUAGAAGAUAUAGAUGUUUUACCAUAUAGAGAAGAAUUAGCACUAAUAGAAAAUAUGCUUGCUUACUUAAAAAAAUUACAAGAAGAAUUUAAAUUAGAAGAAUCCAAAAAACAACAAAAUGCAGCCAAAAAAAUCAAUGGAGAAGUAGAAAAUAAUGAAAAUAAAGAUGACAACAAAACAAAAAAUGAAAAUAAUAAUAAAAAAGCAAAAAGUAAAAAAGAUAAACAAAAAACAUUCAAAUUAGAUAUGAAUAUAUUAUGCUAUUUCGUAACUGCUGGUAUUAACCCACCCGUAAGUUUUGAUGAAAUAGAUUCAUGUAUUCAAAAAUUACUUGAGAAAAAAGAUAUGUAUGAACAAAAGAGGGAUGAAAGUGUAAAAAAUGUAGAAACCAGACGAGAGGAUUUAACCACAAAAAUUAAAGAAAUCGAUGAAAAAUUGACAGCUUUUAAAUCAGGGGGGGAACAUCAAAACAAAGGAACCAAGGCAAAUAAAGUUAAGGCUUAA